AGUGUGUACAAGAGAUAUCAGGAGACCGUGAAAAGCCACUUGGCUGCAGACAUCCAGGCAGCAAUUUACUUACCUUCCUCGCUGGCUCUGAGAACAACUCUGGCUCAGUCUUUCCACCAUGAGCCUCAGACUUGGCGCCAUCUCCUCCUGUACCACUUCCAGCCCAUUUCCUGUCCUCCAGGUAUUGCUGCCAUUGUCACUGCUCCUGACCACGCUGGUUCCCGCCACCAUGGGAGCAGCUAAAAUUGAGGGAAGAAUGGCGCACGUUGAACUUCGCUGCCUCUGCUUGAAUACCGUCUCUGGCAUUCAUCCCAGUAACAUCCAAAGUUUGGAGGUGAUCAGGGCAGGAGCUCACUGUGCCAAAGUCGAAGUGAUAGCCACGCUGAAGAAUGACAAGAAAAUCUGCCUGGAUCCAGAAGCACCCAGAAUCAAGAAAAUAGUCCAAAAAAUAAUGGAAGAUGGUGGGUCAGCUGCUUAAUCCUUCUCCCUUUCUGCCAAAGUGGUUUAACUCCCAGGAAGGUUAGGAAUUUGAAGUCUUGGCUGUCUAGAGUUCUUAUUUAUCCAGGAUACCUAGUCAUCCUGUAUUAAACGCUGGAUAUGUUUUCCAUUCUG